GCCUCCCGCCGCUGGCUGGUUCCGCGGGGCGCGUGAGCUGGGCGGCGGGGGCGGACCCUCCCGGUAGCGGCCCGACAUGUCGGUGGCGUUCGCGGCCCCCAGGCAGCGGGGGAAGGGCGAGAUCACGCCGGCCGCCAUCCAGAAGAUGUUGGAUGAGAAUAAUCAUCUUAUUCAGUGUAUAAUGGACUAUCAGAACAAAGGGAAGACGUCUGAAUGCUCACAAUACCAGCAGAUGCUGCAUACAAACUUGGUUUACCUAGCCACUAUAGCUGACUCCAACCAGAACAUGCAGUCUCUACUACCAGCACCACCCACACAGAAUAUGCCUAUGGGUCCGGGAGGGAUGAGUCAGAGCGGCCCUCCCCCACCUCCGCGCUCGCACAACAUGUCUUCAGAUGGUAUGGUAGGUGGGGGCCCUCCUGCACCACACAUGCAGAACCAGAUGAACGGCCAGAUGCCUGGACCUAACCAUAUGCCUAUGCAAGGACCUGGACCUAACCAACUCAAUAUGACAAACAGUUCCAUGAAUAUGCCUUCAAGUAGCCAUGGGUCAAUGGGUGGCUAUAAUCACUCAGUGCCAUCCUCGCAGAGUAUGCCAGUGCAGAAUCAGAUGACUAUGAGCCAGGGACAGCCAAUGGGCAACUACGGUCCCAGACCAAACAUGAACAUGCAACCAAACCAAGGUCCAAUGAUGCACCAGCAGCCUCCCUCCCAGCAAUACAACAUGCCACAAGCAGGUGGCCAGCAUUACCAGGGGCAGCAGCCACCUAUGGGAAUGAUGGGCCAAGUUAACCAAGGAAAUCACAUGAUGGGUCAGAGACAGAUUCCUCCAUACAGGCCGCCACAGCAAGGCCCACCACAGCAGUACUCAGGCCAGGAAGACUAUUAUGGGGACCAAUACAGUCAUGGUGGACAAGGUCCUCCAGAAGGCAUGAACCAGCAAUAUUACCCUGAUGGUCAUAAUGAUUACGGUUAUCAGCAACCGUCGUAUCCUGAACAAGGCUACGAUAGGCCUUAUGAGGAUUCCUCACAACAUUACUACGAAGGAGGAAACUCACAAUAUGGUCAGCAGCAAGAUGCAUAUCAAGGACCACCCCAACAGCAGGGUUAUCCACCACAACAGCAGCAAUAUCCAGGCCAACAGGGCUAUCCAGGACAACAGCAGGGUUAUGGCCCCUCCCAGAGUGGUCCAGGACCUCAGUAUCCCAAUUAUCCACAAGGACAAGGCCAGCAGUAUGGGGGAUACAGACCCACACAGCCUGGGCCACCACAGCCACCACAGCAGAGGCCUUAUGGAUAUGACCAGGGUCAGUAUGGGAAUUAUCAACAGUGAAAAAGUACUCACAUUCCAGUAGGCAAUAUCUGUUAGCAGCCAUAUUGUCUCCUCAGCACUGUGGACAUGUUCCUGAGAUGAGAACCUCCCAUUCCAUCUAGCUUUUGGAAAAAUCUUGUGGCUGUUUUAUGGUAUACAGUCUUUAUGGGUUAAUUGUUAAAGACUGUAGAUUCUCAGAAACUGAUUUCACAUCUCUACUCUAGAUGGCAAUAUUGGACAGAAAAUAUGUGACAUAACAAUUUGCAGUGAGUUGAGAACUGUAUGUCAAAUAGACUGUUACAGACUGAAAGGUGCGAACAGCUUUGUAUGUUUAUGAAGGUUAUGGGAAUUUAAUAUUUUUUCCACAGAUUUUUUUUGUAGGGGGAAAGGGGGAAAUGCACACUUUUUACAGCAGCAAUAUUUUGUAUAUUAUGUUUUUCAUGUGGUGAAUAUGCAAGACAGUACACUACUCACUGGGCAGGAUAAGAAAUCUACUGUUAAAAAUGGGUAGGGGCAUGAUAAGUGCUUGAUUGUAUAAGUCUCGAAAUGGUGUACAAUAAAGAUAACAGUGAAAAAAGAUGGAGAGCAUCAUACAUCACUGAUAGGUCCAUGUACAAAGAAUGAGAAUCCCAGUUAUCUAAAUGGGAACAUAAUUAAGGACAGUAUAAUAUAGUCUUGUGCAAAGAUUAAUUUUUUAAGCUUUCCAAUUUUUCUGAGUGAGGCAUUUUUGUAAAAAUUGUUUCUAACAUAGUUUGACAAUUUUCUGCAACAUUUUUUGGGUAACAAGAUAAAUGUUUGGGUUUUAUUUCUCAAGUGUUUUGUCACAGCUUUGCAUAAGCAAGCUGUAAUCCCUCUUAAUAAUUGCAAUAACAAAGAAAAUGACAAGUGUUAAUUUUACUUGGUUUGAAUAUGCAAAGAACUUGAAAAAUAAUAUGGAGGUCAGGACUGUAUUGUAUAAGUGUAUUUUAACCUUUAGUUGAAUAAUUUGUAUGUAUCAAAAUAGCCUAGACGACUUUGUAAAACCUAUCUAAAUUUUCCUAAUUGGGAGUUAAUAUCUUUAGAAAGGGGGCAUUUUUUGUGUAUGUCCAUUUUUCUUAUUGGUUAACAUGAGACCAAGGGAUGUUUUAUGACAUCAAAUAUAAAACCCGUUGGUGAAGUAAAUGCCAAAUUUUGUUUUGAACUGCAUUAAUGCUUAUAGUGUUGCAUGUGAGAUAGAGGCAGCACCUUGAUAAUAGCAUAGUACACAAAAAAUUGGUUUUGAGACUGUCCUGCAACUGUAUAUCAGAUAAAUAAAUGGAUAUUCUGUUGUGCAGGAAUAUAUGCAUUCAAGAAUUCCUGGCAACUUUUAUAAAUGACAAAACUGAAAAUUAGCCCAGGAGUAAAAUUUUUUUCUUUUUUUUCAGUUGGCAAUCGGGGAGAGAAAAACAACUGGUGUUCAUAGUAAGUAUGACAUUAUACAUGGAAGACAAGAUUUUCAAUUUGUUCAUUUUUAAAGCGAAAAGAAUUUUCUUAAAAUCAGUAGAAAAUACACAUCAAGGUUUGAACAGAUAUGGCAUGAGGAACAUUAUUAUGAAUGAAAUGCUUGUAGGUUCUGUGCCAAUUUUCCACCACUGUGUACUUCAUUGCUAUUUAAAACUGUACUCCAUCAAUUCUAACGGAAGAAUAAAUUAUUUGUGAUUUUAA